UAGUCCGGUUAAAUUCUCGUGCAGCAAAAGAGCAGUGGUAUAUUAAAAUUUUCAGUUAAUUUAUUAAAUUUGAAAAUGCUAUCUUCUGUUCACGUAAUUCUUUUAUUUAAUUUUGUUAUUUGCGAAGAAGGAUUAAUCUAUAAGAAUUCAGACAUAUCAGACUCGAACGCAAUAUUCAAAUCAAAUGUAAAGCCGGCAUCAUUCGAAGAUAGACAAGAAGUUCCUUCCUAUUGGCAGCACUUACCUAGGAUUGCAGUUACAACUCAACCAAACUAUAAACCAUUUAACAAACCCCUUCAUAAACCAGAUAAACUUUUGUACAUCGAUGAAACGAGAAAAGGCAUAGGAACAAAAGUGACGGAAAAAAUCGUAGAAUCACCCGUUUUGAAGAUAAGGGAUCCUUUUAAUGGAACACAUCAACCACUAGUUUCACAGCCACUACCACAAAGAGGGAACGUAGUUGAUUGGUUUUUGGGGGUGGUUGGCAUUCGUCCACCUGAUUCAAAUCCUUCAACUGUUCCUCCAGUCAAAAAUUGCCCAUCAUGUACAUGUGGGCGAGUAUUUAAACACAAAAGAAUUGUUGGCGGAAUAGAAACGGUUAUAAAUGGCUAUCCCUGGAUGGCAGCUUUAAUGUACAACAAUCGAUUUUACUGUGGAGGUUCUCUCAUUAAUAAUAAAUAUGUGCUUACCGCAGCCCAUUGCGUCAACGGAUUUAGCAGAGAGAAGUUAUCCGUGGUAUUUCUAGAUCACGACAGAUCAACAUCACAGGAAACACAGACAGUUAUGAGAAAAAUAAAAAAUAUUUACAGACAUAGUUCUUACGCACAUGGUGGCAAUUACAAUAAUGAUAUAGCUUUACUACACCUAGACCAAGAAGUGCCUGUUGCUGGACUGCUAAAACCUGUAUGCCUUCCUCCUAUAGGUAAAAGUUUUACAGGAUACGAUGGCAUUGCUGUAGGAUGGGGAGCAACUAAAGAACACGGAUCCAUUUCAAAUAAGCUGUUGGAAGUAACUGUUCCAGUACUAUCAAAUAUUGAUUGUAGGAAAACAGGAUAUGGUCAACGAAUUACGGAUAAUAUGUUAUGUGCUGGUUUUCCGGAUGGGAAGAAGGAUUCCUGUCAGGGUGACAGUGGGGGACCUCUUCAUGUUGUCAAUGGAACGAUUCAUCAAAUUGUUGGAAUAGUCUCUUGGGGCGAAGGUUGUGCAAAGCCGAAUUUUCCAGGAGUCUACACAAGAGUAAACAGAUAUAUUUCUUGGAUAAGAAGUAACACACGAGACGCUUGUUAUUGUUAG